AUGGACAAGCGACGAACAUCACUACGGCCGCUAUACGACAGCAUGCCUCUCAGAAGCACUCGAGCAUUCGAUGUAAAUCGAUUGCUCCUCAUCGCUAUUCUCGCGCUUUUGAGCUACAGUGUCUUCUACAAGAGUAGAAACGCUCCGGGCGAGCUGGGGCUGAACGGUGUGGAGCAAAGUGUUAAAGACGCAAUCGUCCCUUCGAGUCGAGGGUCGAAGAAUGGGAGCGUUGGCAAGAGCAAGGAAGCCAGAUAUGCAGUCAUGAGCAUGAACACGAAGUGCAAUAGCUACGACUACGUGGCUGUUAGCAGCAAAGACCGCUACGCUCGCAAGUGGGGAUACGACAUGCUAUGGUCCUGGGACGAGCCUCGAGAAGGCGGGUUCAAGUAUUGGGACAAGCUAUCCAUGAUAGCGAAUGCCACCAAGGCAACCUUGGCUGGCGAGAGGAGCUACGAAUGGGUCUUGAUGAUCGAUUACGACACGCUCAUCACCAAUACUUCGAUCACUCUGGACGAGCUAGUGGAGGACAGCUUGCAACAAGCAGAAAAAGAAGGCAAGAAAAGAGAUGAUAUCGAUAUGAUUGUGACGCCAGAUUGCUUUCCUCUCAAUGUGGGCGCCAUGAUCUUCCGCACGACACCUUGGACUCUAAACUUGAUGAAGGAGUGGAGGGCAGGAAAAGACGUCAAGAACAAGGACGGUGAUAGUCGUAGCGAGCAGGAUGUCUUACAAGAUUUCAUCAAAGCCAACACACAUCGUACUGCCGACAAGAGUGUUACAGUCCUUCAGUGGAAGAUGAACGCAUUCCCAAAAGAGAUCGGAUGCUACGACAAUCGCGAUCCGAUCCCGUGGAAGCCGGGAAUGUUUCUGGUACACUUUGCUGGAGCUUGGGCACACGUGAAAGAGGAAGAUCCUACGGGAGUGCUAAUGAGGAAGUAUUAUCCUUUCAUCGAUAGGGCGAAUCCUCAUACUGAGGACGACUGA